UAUUCUGAAAAAUUUAUAGAAAAUUGCGAUAGAAAAGGAAAUGAUAAAAUAAAUCUUAAUAAUUUUAUGUUUCCUAUUAGAAAAAGUAAAAAUAUAGACUUAAAUGAUAAUGAAUUACUAUACAAUGAAACUUUUGGAAGUUUUAGAAGUAAAAUAGAAUCAUGUUUUGGAUUUCUUGGCAAUAAAUUCAAAAGGUUUAAUAAUAAUGAAAGUACUAUAAAAGUUACAGAUUUAAAAAUAUAUAAAGUACAAUUAAAAUUAUCACUUCUAUUAUUAAAUAUUCAAAAGUUUUGUCAGUUAUAUAAUAUACCUAAUAAACCAAAUCAUCUGUUAUAG